CCCCAGAAGUACAAACACACACACACAGAGCUCCCAUUGUCGCAGCCUUCCCCAGCCCACUGAUCCUAAUAUGGAAUGCAGCAGGAAACCCAUGAUUUCCUGAUACUCGGCAAGCCGGAGGAAGCAGGGGGGAAACUCCAUUAAAAACCCCAGCUUUCCUCCAUGUUAGAUGUGAAGUGGAAAAUGGGAACAAUUCAGCAAAAUUCCGCCGUGCCUUCAGCCAGGUUGGAGAGGGGGAGAGCAGAGUGAAACCCUCAGGCUGCUGAAAUUUCUGAACUGCUGGGAAGCCUCUAGAAUUCUGUGGAAAGCUGCGCUUCCUAAAUGAACCUGAUAGGGAAGAGGGAUAGACGGACCGUUUUAAUAAUUCCCCAAGUGUCUGUUACCUUACUUUACUAGAAUGGUAAGCAACAGGGCAUAUACCAGCCCCAGACAUGCCUGCAUGACCCAAGGUAGCCAAAGUAAGGCAGGGUAAACUCCAGCCUGGAGCUCACUUCCCGCCGCUUCAUGUGCUUUGGAAGCAGCAGCAGCAAUAGCAGCAGCUGGAGCAGCAAGAAUGAACUGCAAAGAGGGAAAUGACAGCAGCUGCAGCUGCGGUGGCAACGAGGAGAAGAAGAUGCUGAAGUGUGUGGUGGUGGGGGACGGUGCUGUGGGGAAAACCUGCCUGCUGAUGAGCUAUGCCAACGAUGCCUUCCCCGAGGACUACGUGCCCACUGUGUUCGACCACUAUGCAGUUACAGUGACCGUGGGAGGAAAGCAGCACUUGCUUGGACUGUAUGACACUGCGGGACAGGAGGACUACAACCAGCUGAGGCCGCUCUCCUACCCCAACACCGAUGUGUUUUUGAUCUGCUUCUCCGUCGUGAAUCCUGCCUCUUACCACAAUGUCCAGGAGGAAUGGGUGCCAGAGCUGAAGGACUGCAUGCCUCACGUGCCUUACGUCCUCAUAGGGACCCAGAUCGAUCUCCGCGAUGACCCCAAAACUUUGGCCCGCCUGCUAUAUAUGAAGGAGAAGCCACUCACUUAUGAGCACGGGGUGAAGCUUGCAAAAGCGAUCGGAGCACAGUGCUACUUGGAGUGUUCGGCCCUGACUCAGAAGGGUCUCAAAGCGGUUUUUGACGAAGCAAUCCUCACCAUUUUCCACCCCAAGAAAAAGAAGAGCCGUUGCUCUGAGUGUCACGGCUGCUGCUCAAUCAUCUGAGGCUGCUGGAGCCUCGCCUCCGCCCCACCCAAGGGUGCACCGGCAGCCAAUCUCUGCCACCCGGCUGCAGCCAAAAAGGAGGGCAGGACCAGAAAUGAAUUCCCUCGCACAAAGGCCGCUCCACCCUGUGAGCUCCCCAGCACAGCCUCAGCCAACUGCCACGUCCCCUGCCGGCCAGAAGCACCCACGCUGCACGAGGAGAACGCGGAGCCGGGAUCUCAAACAGCUGCACUGCCCAACCCGUGGGGAAGAGUCAAGGGCCGCCUUGCACUUCACACCUGCCUCGCCCACACGCACAAAGCUGACAGGAGAGGAGGAGCUCAAUUCCUGUAUCGGUGGCCUUACAUCUUUCACAAAACUUGGGAAUAUGAUUCCAACGUGUUCUUCUGAAUCUGCUGGUUUACGCGUGUGUGUUAUGUUCAUUUGCAUUCUUUCAAGACAUUUCCUUAUUUCCUCAAUUUACUCAGGCCUUUUCAAAUCCAUACCAAAGUAGCCUACAGACAAGAUGGUUUAUGUUCAUUUCUGUUUUCAGCAUGUUUCCACCAAAGUUAUUGAAACCAACAUGUACCUCUGAAUGCCUGAUUAUACGAAGACAUGAGAAACUUUAAAACUUUUGGAAAUUUACAGAGCAAUAACUUUUGAAAGAAAACAUCAUCUGAAUUAUUGCAGGUCCCCAUUUUGGCCAAAAAUUCACUCUACAAGGGCUUAAAUUGUUAAGUGACCUGCUUUUUUUCCACCUAAUAUUGCCAGGGCAAACUAAAAAUGAACUGAGUGGAGGAAGAAGAUGGCAGAACCCAUCCUUUAAAAUAUUAAGCAGAACAGACUUUCCUACUUCCUGUCUCCCCUGUGCAUGUCCUUUUCCUCCUUGAUUCUACACGUUCUCCUGUGCCCCAUUCUUUUUGUUCUUCCCAGUCAUAACCUGACCUACAAGAAAGAGCUGCACAUUGUCGGUGAAAGAGUGUUUCCAAAUCCCCCAGCUCAAGCAAAGUGCCUUGAUUUUUCUACUUGCUUCAACUGAAGGUGCUUCUAGCUUGCCCCAUGGACACUCCAGUUUCAUUUAAGUGACAUUUUCCAAUUACAGCAGGUAUUAAAUUACUGCCUCUCUCUCCAUAUUCCUUGUUCUGAAAGUCGGUUGAGGAACCAAAUUUGUGGAUACCAAGUUCUGGAUCCAUUUUCAAAAUGAUGUACGACAAGGACUUUGGCCUAGGAGAAAGGAAAUCUCCCAAUAGGGAAUGGUGUGCCCUUUCUGUAUGACAAUUCAAACAUCCAGAAAUUCCUGUGGCACAGAGCAAGCUACUUCCUCUCUUCUAAUUAGAGACUAUGAUGACUUCUAAUUAGUCUUAUUUGCUUACACAUACCCUGAAAUCACCCAGGUAGUCACUUAAUUGUUUUUAUAUUAUUGCAUAAGCAAAGCCUGUUUUUACAGUAUAAAAUCAUACCAAUUUUUUCCAGAUUCAAGCUCCCUGGGUUGAAAAAAGCCCAUGUUUCUGUCCCUUCGGCUCCUAGAAGAACCACAUAGAAAAGAAUUUUAUGAUGGGUCUUUUCUCUUAAGAUCUUGCAUGAUACCUCUUCAGUCUUUUGGUUUUAUUGGUUAAUUGGUUGGUUAGUUUAAAUUUCUGAAAUGUGUUUUCAUUUCUUCCACAUUUCAAGUACUAUUCUUCUUCUCUCCCAUCUAAUUGCUAGCAUUUUCUUAAAUACUACACACACACACACACACACACACACACACAUACACACACACACCACCUAAAAGGAAACAGGAGCUUUGUAAGUCAAAGCUUGACAUUUAGAGAGCACAAGAACUUUCAGCCUUUGUAAACGGAGAUCAACCAUGUAUGAACUAUAACUGCAGAGGUUAUGGGUUCAUCCUUUACAAACAAUAAUGAGCAUUUAGCCCUGUAAUAAAGGAAGUGUUGUUAGCCAGUUUUGUUACAUUAUUGUAUGGUUACAUCUUGCUAAAAGGCCACUCCUUCUCAUUGAUGUGGAUGAAAAAUUAAAGGCAGUACGUUGGCUCCACCAAAGAGAAUUUUCCAGAUGUGUGCACUGAACAGGCACAUAGCUUCCCAGGUCAUCACCUCCCUAAUGGGCCACUGGGAUAAAAUCCUUGGUAAUGGGAAGAUCACGCUUGCAUAGAGCCAGAACCUGGACAGAGACCGUUGAUGUCUGAAUGAAACAUAGACUCCUAGAGACCUUAGGAUUUAAUUACCAAAUAGAACAAAGCAACUCAAGUGAAUUAGCAGCCCACCAAAUUAACCAUUCAUUCCCUCUUUGAUGUCAAAACCUAGUUCAUUUCACUAAAAAGCGGUUUCUUCUGUAAGAUUGAAUGAAAUGCUCUGAAACCAAAAAUAUAAAAAGACAUAGAAAUCUGAAGAAGGAUCCUUUAAUGGUUCACACUAUCUCCCAAAGUCAAGAACCGGCAGUGGAUCUCUAUGUGAGGGUGGAGUCUUAACUUUGCAGAGCUAGAAAAGGUCUCAGAAACUCUAGUCCAGUCCUUCCUUGCACAUAUGAGAGACUCUACUGAAAUGGCUUAAGAGAGGUGUGUCAUGGCAGAGCUGAAACAGAUCUUGGUCUUCUUCCCAUUCAGUGCCCUUAAGUCCACAGUCCAAUUGAUUCAUUAACAUGGAUAUUAAGUUGGAGUUUCGUAGGUAUAUCUUUGGAGUUACAUCAUUUAUCCUGCAGACCCUGACACAUUUUUUGACCACAUAAAUAUCAUAUUAUUAAUAAUAAUUACAAAUUUUAUAAAGACAUCUGAAAGGUAGUAUCCCGUGUGAUAGAUUUUAUACCCUACAAAAUGCAUUUGACAGUACUUUGUCCAAGCAAGCAAAGAAAAUAAUAGAAGAUGAAAUUUUUAAGGUUACUAUCCAGACACAUUUUGAACCCACAACUUCUUGUAGUUAAGUCACUUUAAAUAAGAUAAUCCAUCAAACUACUGAAAAACUAGACAUAAGAAUUCAAUCUAUGCUCAACAAUGCCUGGAAUCCAGGGUAUACAGCAACGUAACUACAGCAACAUUAAACUAGGAAGCUCCAAGUUGGGAAGUCAAAAAGUAAGUCAUAUGUACAUGGCAAGAAGGCUUUAGUACUGAGACUUUGAUGGCAAUAUGUCUGAUUAUGAUAUGCAAAGUAACUUUGGGAAGAUGUGUGAUCCAUCAGAGAAGUGGGUGCGACCACCAAUAUGGAAAUAGUAUUAGAAUGGCAGCAAAAGAGCAAUCACAAUUAUACUCACAAUUUUAGGAGAAAACAAAGCUCAAUCCAAAAUUUGAAUCCAAUAAAAAGGUCAUUGUUUCGGUUUGCUUUGAGCUGUAUCCUUGCAAAGUAGAGCAUCUUCAAGAAUAAAUACAUUUACUGUCAUGUAUAACUAAAAAGAACAAUAAAAAAAUUUACAAAAAGAAUAACUAUGUUUGACUCAAAGCAAGCAUCCGAAGAUUGCAUUCAUAAAGGCAAGCUCAUUCAUGAGACCAAAGAGAUAGAGGAUUCCAAAUUGAGGGUUUGCUUUAAAAGCGUAUUGACGUCAUGCUGGAGAUUUUUAUCUAACCAGUUAUGUGUUCAUUUUUAAAACCCACCCUUGUUUAGUUUGCCAGGAUUUGAAACAUGCAUUCUCUCUCAACUGAGAGAACCGGAGGGCACCAGCUGUUCUCAGAGUCAUUGAGUAGGCUGCCCAGUAUCCAAAAGGAAACUGCACCAAAUAGUGUCAUUUCCAGGACCAUUAGAAACAGAAAGGAAAAAAAAGAUCAGGGAAACUGAGUUUCUUAGAAAGGAAGUUAGGCCUUUUGGAAAAAGGUAACAGAGGAUGGAGAGGAAGCCCCAAACAUACACAGGUAAAACACACACCUGAGAAUUCUCCUGGAGAGUGGUCAACUUCUGCCUGGUCUCUAGAGGCAGGGGGACAAAGGGACCAUGACUGUGAAGAGCACUCCAUGAUCAUCAGGGCUACUCGGGUCAUGAUGCUAGGUGAUUCCACUCAUGAUUCGCCACAAAUGAGUGAAAUCCUGGGCAGUGCUCUUUGGGUCCUGAACAGCAGGGUGGGACUUCAGCCUCUUGCCAUCUCUGUUUAUACAGAAUGGACAAUUAAGGAAAACCUAACCAAGAAAUAUGAUUGAACAAAUGAAAGUUUCCCUAAGCUCGAACAUGACUUAAAAAUCUGAAAAGGAUGACUUUGGAGUAUCUGGAAAGACAGUUACUUGUGUGAAUAGCAUUUAUUCAUCCAUGGAGGGAUAUUUCUAAAAGAAAGAUUAUAUUUAAUGGGUACAAUGCAAUCGCAUAUGAUAAAGCAAUAAUUCAUGGUGCUUCGAUGGUUAACAAAGACCAGAAAGAAAAUCAGAGCACCAAGCUCUGUGUUCAGCAUCGCUUCAGCCAUCAGGGGCUCUGCCGUGCUCUUUGGGUGGCCCUUUGGGUCAGGGAAGGAAAGAGUCAAAGAGAGUUUGGUUCAUCUGUGAAAUGGUGGGUGCAAGUUCGCCAACUGUUCUUGGCUUUGAAAUUCCACUACAGGAAAUUAGAGUAAAAGCUGCAGGAUUAAUCCUGCUCACAAUCUAUUUUUCCCCCUUAGGGGAUAUUAUGUCAAGAAUCAGGAUUGCUUUGGUCUGUGUGUGUUUUAAACGCAUCCCACCCUGGAAGUUUUACUUUGUUCUAUGAGUUCUGUGGUAGCUCAGAAGCUUUGUGAUGCGACAGCUGGAAUAAUUUUGCUAUAUUUUUAGCUACGUCCUCCAAGUCUCUCAGUAACACAGUUAUCUUAGCUGAAUAGGAUCUGAUCAGUGUUACAGGGGAUGUAAUGGCUGGGACACCUUGAGGAGAAGGUUCCCAUAGUCAGUAACCUUGCUCAGCAUGCUUAGCUUCCCUGGGAUUCCACACAAGGCAGUCUUCAGUGUGUCAGUUCUUUGAGGGGAAAAAAAGAGACAGAGCUGGGACAGCUUUGUAAAUACACUCUACAAUGACCUCUACCUAGCAUCGUUUAAUUUUUUUGUUUGUUUGUUAAGCAGACUCUUUUCUCCUCCAGGAGCAAACAGGCAAGAAAGUUAAUGAAUUCUACAUUCUCAUCACCUGGUUAAGUCGUCUUUCACUCUGAGGAAACAGAAAUUACUGUUUAAGCAUAUCUCAGCAGAGUAUUUCCCAAUUGUAACUGUUCAUCUUCUACUCAAUGUAAUCUCUGCAGUCAAGGGAAGUCCAGCUGGCCACCUCACUGGCCGGUGUUCCUACAGUCUGCUUCUUAUGUAAUGGCUGAUCGACAUACCUUUUUCAUAAUUAACGGAAUGUUAUUUCAUGUACUCUUUAACCUUGCAGUUUAUUUUGUGCCAUGUCCUGACUUUCAAAUCAUUAAAUAGUCUUUUUCCUACUG